UAGGGCUGACGGCAAAAAGAUACAUCCACCGCUGACACCAGUCUAAGGGGGGCCAUGGGCCUUGUCGUCGGGUCCUAGUAGACACGUCGUACCCUUGUACAUGGCUGCUUAGAGGUCUGAGGACCCAUUUAACACCCCUGGAACCCUGUUCUCGAUGAACAUUUGUCAGAACUAAAUGUGAAGCAUCUGAGCUCAUAUAUGAGAAGUCGCUCAUCAGCCCUACAGUUCCGUCAACCGCACUUAUGGUGUAUAGCUAUAUCCCUCUCAACGGGCACGAACGGGAGUUCGGUGCGUUCAAUCACAUAUAGCGGCAAGACAUACGGGCGAUCGCGGUGUAAAGUCAACAUAUCCCACUUCAUAUUCGACGAUCUAGGUGAUGGGCAUGAGUCGAGACAGUGAGCAUACGGCAGGCAGCCUUAGCCGCCAAGGUUCCGCUGCCUCAUCGCCUGACGGCUCGGAGCCAAAGGCCGCCAAUCGCUCAAAGGCAAAUAUACGAGUGUCGCUGGCGUGCGUCCAAUGCCGUAGCAAGCACGUCAAGUGUGACGCCACGCUACCCGCUUGCAACCGGUGUCAACAGGAGGACAAGCCAUGCUUCUACGCCAAAUCGAGACGAGGUAUUCGCGAUCCAAAAAAGAGGAGUCUGAUAUCAGACAAACCGCCAGCAACUUCGGCUGGGUCAUUUUUGCCCACUAGUUUCUCUUCCGGCUCUCCGUCGGUCCAGUCUCUUUCUCUUCACGACUUACCGAGCGGAUGGUCCGUCAAUUCAGUAACCUCCACAACAAGCUCAUCUAAAAACGAAAAGGAACUAUUAGUCGACUUAUUCUACAGCUACUUUCAUCCAAGUCACCCUUGUCUUCCGCCCAAACGGUUUUUUUAUAAUCAUGUCGAAGCAGACCCAGACUCUUAUCACUUCCUGCUUUCAGUCAUCAAUUUUUGCGGGUCGCUAUACACAGAUUCAAUACCAUCGGACGAUUUAAGAGAGGCAGCGUACUCUGCAGCAUGCGCUUCAUUGCCAUUUACUGUACAAUCGGUACAGGGACUUCUCAUACUGAGCAUCGCGGCUUUUGGAGAAAUGAAAUUCGAACACCAUACCGGCUGGGCUAAUCGGGCCGCCACAAUAGCUGUUGAGCUCGGGAUGAACCAGAAGGCGUUCGCCGAUAGAACAACGGAUUCCGUACUCGCGGAAAGCUAUCGAAGAACGUGGUGGUGCCUGACCUUCCAAGAUUCUACGCGCCAUCUGGGUGAUGUCGGAUCUACACUUUCCAUCACAGACGUGGACUCCGACGUUGACCUACCCUGCGAAGAAUGGGAAUACGAAUCAGGGAUUAUACCCCAACCUAUUUCUCAAUCGCAAUACGAGACGCAGGUCAACCUUGGACAAUCCGACUUCUCAUCGAUGGCCUACCUCAUCGACAUCUGCAAGAUCCAAACCGAUUUGGUCUUACCAUAUCACGAGGCUCCAGAAAAUAAAAAGGCAGAGAUAUUUGAGCGAGCAGACUCUCGUAUCUGCGAUUGGUUGCGACGGGUCCCAAAGUGGAAGAUGAAUUUAGUUGAUCCAGAAGGCGUAGUCGACGUAGUACUUUACCACGGCAUCUCCAUCGCGCAUGUUAAUCGACUUCGACUCCGACAAUCUGCCCCCAGGAGCGGCCUCAACAUUCGGGAAUACUUCCCUCUAGGACCAGCGAAAGGACCCGAUCGUAAGGGACAAAUGGUGAAGGGCUUCGGUUGGAAUUCCCACCCAAUCGAUAUUCAAGCAGCCAAUGGUUACUGUGACCUGUUCAGGCAUCCUUUCCCCACCAGGACUUUGCGUGCAGUGUUCGCCACUGGUACGCUCCGAGUUGUUCUAGCCUACCUAGAUGCAUGCGUCUUCCUCGGAUUAGACUCGCCCAUCUUCCGAGAACGCAUAAAUAGGCUCACGCAGAUUCUUACGGUGCACGGAGAGACAUGGCCCCUUUCUCGGAAGAUCGCAGAAGACGUCAAGGCAGUUGCGAAAGAAUACCUCACACCACGAAUAAGCCAGAGUUGGCGGCCAGGCAUUUCGGAAUCGGAGGCAUGGGCUGCGGUCACCAGCUUACACGAGACGCCGAACCUCACUCCUAGUUUUGGCUUCGAGCCAUACCAACAGGUUUACCAAGUCGAAGGCUGGGCCAUGAACGACACUUGGUCUGCUAAUCUUACGGAUAUAUACCAAGCAUGAACAUGAAUGACACAGUGAUACCAGAUACCUAUGCUCUUGGGCUAAGCAUACAUGAUGAGGUGGGAUAGGAUUUGGGCUUUUUGAUUCCCUAUUGCAUGGAAUUGGAGCCCCGGGAAAUUUGCUGGUGGUUAAGCAAUAAAUAAAGGGACUACGGCAGUGAUCAAGACACGAGUUCAGCCCAAUCCAGGCGUUCUAUGUUGGGCCGGAACUGAGAUACCUACCUAAAUAACAGAUUAGGUGACUUUCAAGGAAUCAGGGGAAAGGCAACGGAGACGGAGGAAGAGACGUAGACCUUUGACGAAAUUUCCCAGUAUACCAAACAAUAUUCCUACAAAUCCAUUGUAAUAAACAUUAACUGACACUUAGUAAACAUUGGCCAUGCCACUAUUCUCAAAAA